AUGACUAUUCAAAUUGAGCCCUCCGAGUUGGGCUUCAAGCGUCCAUUCAACCAUGAAGUAUGCCAGAUUCUGCGCCUGAGCAAUCCCAACCACGAAGCUGUGGUCUUCAAGGUCAAAACCACCGCUCCCAAACAUUACUGUGUGCGCCCAAACUCUGGCCACAUCCAGCCGGGGAAGACUGUUGAGGUUCAAGUGUUGCUUCAGGCCAUGAAGGAGGACCCUGCCCCAGAUGCCAAAUGCAAGGAUAAGUUCUUGGUCCAGGCCGUCUCAGUCUCCAGUGGCUUGGAGGAUGCCAGUGUUGGCCAGAUUUUCGACCAAACCUCCAAGUCCGAUGUGAUUGAGCGCAAGAUCCGAGUGGUCUACCUCGCAACAGAUGCUUCUUCAGAGAAGGCUAAUGAAUCGGUGCUUGAUGAGGAGCCUCCAAUGUACACCUCCCCCGGCGGUGGAAACUUCCAGACCCCAGUCCCCAAGAAGAUCGAGUCCGAUGAACUACCCCCGAUUCCUGCUCCCAAUUUCUCCGAGAAGGUCAAAUCCGAGGUUCCACAGCGCGAGCCCGCACCUGUAGUUUCAGCCACCAGGUCGGCUGUCACCAAUACUCUUCCCUCUAAUGAAGAAUUGAAAUCGCAGCUCGCCGAGGCCAACGCACACAUCCAGCGAUUGAAGGACCGACUUGCAGACCAAGGAUUGAGGCAGCGAAAGACUGGUGGAGAGGCCCCCAGCACGGCCGGGUCUGCCACCAUGCAGCAGUCACAUGUGCCAACGGCCAGUGGAGUCUCUAUCCAGGGUGUCGCAGGUCUCUGCCUACUCAGCUUCCUGAUCGCAUACUUCUUCUUCUAA